UGGGUUGUUCCACCGCAGAUUUGAUUGGGCCAUGCAGCUUCGCAUCGUGGUGACUGGUGAUACCAACAGUGGCAAGUCGACAUUGAGCAAUGCGGUGAUAGGCAGCGAGCUACUUCCGACCUCCAACCAGAGCGAGACCUCCGUCAUCACCUACGUGGUCCCGCAGCAGGUGGGUGAAGGCAACGACUCGAAGCCCGUGCUGCGUUGCUACGGAGGCGCGGACCUCGAGCCGGUGGAGGGCACAGAGGAGGUCCGACAACGGCUGCACGAUCUGAACCUCCGCGCCAGAGCUGCUUUGGGCGUCCAGUGCGUCGAAUGCCGACUGGAAUGCCCCCUGCGGGACUCGUUGAAUGUCUUCCAUCCUCCAGCUGCUGAAUGGCAAGAUGUCCAGUUCUUGGACAUCGGAGGCGCAAACGAGAUCCUGAACCCGGCUGUCCAGGUCUGUUCGGACUUGGCGUACGCUUUGUCACACAGACUCAUCGUUUGCAUCCGGCACGAUCAGAUCACCUCCAGGGCAACUCAGCAGCUCUUGCUGGACAUCAGGUGCAAGGCACCUUAUCACUUCAGCGACGAGCUGGCGAGGAGAGACAUUUGUCCUCUGAUCUUGGCCAUCACACAGGUGGACCAAGUACUGGACGCAGCUCCUGGGGAGUCCUGGGAGGUUCUCCGGCAGAGCCUGCGCGCGGUGCUGCAUGCGACGCUGGCGGAUUGCGGGGAACUGACGCAGGUCAUACCCAUCGUGAUUCUGAGCGCGAAGAAUUCCCUGCAGAAUCUGCUCACAGGUGGCGACCAGCCACAAUUUGAGUGGAACACCUUUGAGGAACUGCUGAUAAACACUGCGGGCUUGAAGAGAGAUAUCGUGCGAAACAGCAAGGUUCGCAGGGCCGCGUUUAUCCACGAGCUCCUGCAGGCAAACCUUGUGCCCUUCCACGAGGAGUGGCCCUAUCACGCGCAGUGCCUUUGGCACUCCCGCCGCGACUUGGGCAAGAAAUUGGCCAUCGGCGGCGCGGUGGCCGCAGGCUCUGUGGGCACCGCUGUGGCCUUCGGCGUCUUCCUCUCCGCCUCCUCCGCCGCUGCCGUGGCGGCCGCCGAGGCCGGGGCCGCCUCCGCCGAGGCAGCUGCGGCGGCGGCUGCUGCGAACUCCUGGUGGGCCUGGGCCUUCGGUUUCGGGCAGAUGUCGGCAGCGGCCUCUGCGGCGGCUGGAGCGGCGACCACGGCGGAGGCGGCGGCGGCCACGGCGGCAGCCAGCGCCGGCGCCUGGGGCCUGGGCAGCGCGCUGGCCGGGGUCUCCACGGCGCUAACGGUCGCAGCCGGAUCUUCUCUUGUGGCCUCAGAGGGCGUGAGCAGCGUCGCCGGCAUGGCGGUGGUGCACGCAUCUGCCGUCCGCGUGCGGGACGUGCGGAUGGCCUUCCGGUGCUUCAAGCCCUCCGCCUCGGCGGAGCGCAUCAAAGCGGGGAAGACCUACCGAGAUGUUCUUUUCUACCCCGACGGCACAGCAACCUGGAGCCCGUUACAGCCGCUAGGCUCCAUGAUGCAUCCCUUCCUGCUCUUGAACAAAAAGACCUCAGCCUACCUCACCUUCGAUGGAACCCAGGUGUUUGCGUCAAGUGCUCGCGACAGGCCUGGUCAGCUCUGGUGGGCGGUGCCGGAAAGCCCGGCCGGCGAUGUCUUCGUUCUACAAAACGCGGAUCACUUGUGCAACCUGCGGGUGGAGGAUCCGGCCUGGUUUUCGCCGGACCGGCGGAAGGCCAUCAGGUGCACGGCAGAGGUGCCGGGCCAGAGUUGGAAGGCUGAGCCCUGCGAGGAGGGCUGCAUUCGGCUGCAGAACUUACAGCAUGGGCAAUACCUCUACUACGAUGGCUUCUUUACGGGCGCCUUCGAUGAGGCCCAUCCAGAUCAAAAUUGGCAAGUGCUGCCUCAGGUGCCCUUCUACCUCGGUGGUUUCAAGGAGACUGCCAUGUCAGGAAAGGGCCAGUUCUUUUGGCCCAACGGUGCGCCUUUGUUCAAGGGACAUCUGAAGGGUGGCAAGCUGCUGGAUGGUUUUGUCUUCGAUGAGCGCUGCAUUUGCCAUGGGCACUUCAGCUUCACCGAGGACGGCCCCAUCCUCGAGGGCUUGCAGCCAGACGAGGCUGUGGAAGGGCAAACCGCCUGCCUUUUGUGCGAGCAGCCCAGCAUGGCGACCAUGGGCAAGGCGCUGAAGCCCUGCAACCACGCGGGCACAUGCGAAGCAUGUGCCACAAAAGUUCGCGAGUGCCCUUAUUGUCGCACGCCAAUCGAGGGGGUGCACAGAGUGAUGUGAUUGCGGGAAUCUAGGAAUUUGCCUUUCGUGGGCGUUAUUUUGCUGCAGGCUAUGGUUCAUGACGGCAAUGUACAUAGUUGGCAUGCACAAAUCCAACAG